AUGCGAAUAACGGGCGCAAGUGACAGCAGCGGCGGCUACAUCGACUCUCCUGCCAACAUGUCGCUGCGGAAUGGGUCGUCCUACUGGAGCACGGAAAACCUCCCGCCUAAUGCGUCUCUUAGCGCUUACUCGUCUUUCGCUGGUGGAAGCGCGAUAUCUGGAGCGGGCGACAGCCACUUCUUCCCUCCCGGUGCAUCCGGCUUCUCCUUCGAAGGACCAGCAUCCUCGUCUAUCUGGGACGCCUCGUACCGCUCUUCUCUCGCCGCCUCGCCCUCCCUCUUUGACGACAGUCGUCCAUCACCCGGUCUCCGCCAAUCGACGAACGAGUCUUCCCCCCUCAACCCGCAAACGUAUUCCUCCGAAGGAUCCGGCUCUCGCUCCCGCAAUACCUCGGCGGUCCAUCUGUGGGAUCUACCCAACUCGGCAUCGACGUCAAGGUCGAACGGCAGCUCGGCAUUUCGCACGUCAAGUCCAGUUGGCGGCGGACGCAAGGCGAAAGAAGCCAGUCGCGCAUUGCGGUACACCGUCUCGGGCAUCUCGCGAGACAAAGGGCUCGUCGGGCUUGCCAAGCCGCCGAAAGAGGCGGAACAAGGGCGAGUAGCGGUUGCAGGAAAGACCGCGCUCAAGAUCCUCAAGGUUCCGCACGGAGGCUCGCGGCAAACCUCGUCGGCUCCUGUCACCGCUGCGCCCACGCCUUCGUCGUCUUAUCGCUCGACGUCGAUUGCUGCGCGUCGAAGCAGAUCACGGGGCUCGCCUGCGCCUGGCGCGAUUCGGGACGACUCCGUCGGUCGGGAGGACAAUUCUGCGGACGAGAAGGAGGAGGUCAGCGAGGUACUUGACGUGCGGCAUGGAAGUCGGCUCGGUCCCGCGUACCUCUUCAGCGAUAUUCGAUGGGGAUAUGGAGCGACCGCCAACAAGCUCGCGACUGCUUUCGGCAACGGCGCAGUCGUGCUGUGGGAUCUAGCGAAGGAGGGCUCGCGAAUAGACCAGCUCAAGUACGAGCACGACCGAGCCGUCAACCGCGUCGUCUUCGGCGGUCAAACGGGUAACUGGCUGCUGAGCGGAGGACAAGAUGGCCAGAUGAAGCUUUGGGACAUCCGCGAGUCUCGGCCAGCAUCCAUGAUCCUCAAGGCUUCCUCGCCCGUCCGCCAGCUCUCCUUCUCGCCCUCGCCUUCCCAACCCUUCACUCUGGUAGCAGCUUGUGCGUCCGGCACACUCAUUCGGUACGACGUCCGCUUCGUCGCACGGCAGAACGGCGGCGCGACAGAUAGGGUAGCAGGUCAUAUCGGUUCCUGCCUCGCCAUGGAUUGGCGAGACGGGUUCUCCUGCGAGCGGACUCCCAGCUCGGCUGGUACGCCAGGGGUGACGAGCGAGACUGCUGGCGGUGGAAGAGAAGGUGGCUGGGUCGUCACUGGCGGAGUCGACCGCACGAUCAAGAUCUGGGACUUCAGCCUCCCAACUCUUUCGACGAAACCCGUCCGCACGCUCUACGCCUCGCAGCCUGUUCGCAGCGUCGCCUGGCAUCCGACUCGCGCGACUGAGCUCGCUUCGAGCCCUAUGCCCAGUCUUGGGUUGGGCGCUACAGGCGAAGGCAGCUCGGGCAGUCUCGGCGAGGACGCGCCCGUGACGCCCCUGGCCGCGCAGGAUCCCGCCAUCACCGCUGCCGUCAAGGGCGAUUCGUUGCGGGUCAAGUCGGCUCUCGACGGUGACGCUUGGAAGAACGAGAUCGAAGUUUGGGACGUGCGGCGGCCGUACUUUCCGAAGGUCGCAAUCAAGACAGAGGAGCCGACGGCUGCGCUCGUCUACAACGACGACGAGACGAUCUGGGCGGCCUCCAAAGCAACGCCGACCUUCCUGCAGCACGACGUUGGCAGCGACUCAUACUCGAUCCUCGACGGCAUCGACCGCACCGUGACGACCUGGGAUGCUGCCGGCGAGCUCGCCUUUGUUGAUGACGGCCGCAAGCUGAACGAUGUCCCGUUCGAACGACCCUCACGCUUCAUGCCGCCUGUCGAUGCUCCCAAACAUCGCCCCGAGACUUUCGUCAGCGCCGUUGCGGAUGUCGACACGGACUUCUCGAUCGAGUCUUUCGUCUACCUCGCCGAGAACUGGCGACUCUCCGGCAAGUUCUCCGAGGUAUGCGAGCACAAUGCGCAAGUCAGUCUCUACGCUGGACGACCUGAUGCCGGCCACGUCUGGGCGACGUUGCGGACAUGGUUCGACGAUGAGCCUUUCUUCCCGUCCGAAGCGACUUCGCCAACCGCGACGCCGCCGCCAGAGCCGAUACCGCCUCCUCCAGUCGUCGAUCUUCCCGCGUCUCAAUGGCUGACGUCGCCCAAGGCGCUUUCCGCGCCCCAGAAGUCGAGCCACUCUCGCCGAGGGUCUCGCUCAGGUCGACCAUCCUUCUCGUCUGGCCGCACCUCUCGUCGGUCGUCGCUCGAGGGAGGUCACGGUGCACACAGCGAGUCGACAAGCCGGCCUCGCCUCGAUGCCUUCUCGGAAGAGUCGACCGCGAGUGAGACGGAUCCUGCCGACGGGAAGAAGCUCUACCCGGACCUCAGUUCAACGUCCUCCGACUCCGAGCACGAGAUCAUCGGUCGUCGAAGAGCAUCGCGCUCGUCGACGAACGGCUCGCAGGCCAUCGAUGACGACGAAGACGACAUCCGCCUCUCCAAUCUCGCUUCUCGCGUCAUCUCUCGUCGCAACUCGUCCUCGUCAAGCUCGAGCAGUGACGCCGACCUCGACGACGGCGACGAGACUGGACGCACCGGCCGCUCCCGCCUCUCCCGCUCCGCCCGACUCGCCUCAAUGCACGCAUCCUUCAUCUCAAAUCGCUCGAGGCGACCUAGCGCGAGCGCUGGAAGCAACAGUAUCGAACGGCGUGGGAUUCGCUCGCGGGAGAGCACGCUUCCUCGCAAGGCUUCCGGUCGUCAACAGUCUCUCGAAGUCACAAGUAAGGGUCGCCGACGCUCCAUCGACCAGUCCGGCGACGCGAGUCGACGGGGCUCAGCAGACCACGGCUCGGCUGUCCACAAUUACUCUCGACGAGGCUCGAAGGAUGCCGCAGCGGGGCCAAGCGGACGCGAGCUCUCUCGUCUCGCCGGCUUACAGCACGCUUCCGACGCCCACGAAGUCGUACGUCGACAACUUGUGGCGACGCUUCACGAUUAUGCGGACCGGGGAGACUCGCAGCUCUGCGCCGUCGUCUGCUGCGUCCUGCAGGACAAGGACGUCGAGUUUGACCGGCUCUGGCUGGCUCGUGUCACGAAAACCUACCUCGACCACCUUCGUCGACUCGACCUGCACAUUCCCGCCGCCGCGCUCAACAAGUUUUGCGACGUCGCCGCCUUGACGGCGCUAACCCAAAACACGGUCGUCUUUCACACGGCGUGCGGCGCGUGUGGGAAGCCGGUCGACCAGCCGCCUUUCGACUUUUGCAUCCGCUGCCGGAGGAGGAUCGCCACAUGCUGCAUCUGCCACCUCGCUGUCGACUCGCUGUACACGCUGUGCGCAGGCUGCGGGCACGGCGCUCACGUCGACUGCCUCGAAGCGUUCGCGUCAAGUGUUGCCGACACCCUCACCGCCUCGCUUCCGCAGACGCCUCUCGACCACUCGCACCCCUCGACGCCGGGUAUCGCCACGCCGUUGCGAGCCUGGCUUUGGGGUGAGGACGACGACGAUCCGGCCUGGUCGACGGCAGCGGCUACCGAAGGCGGUGCCUACCUCGCUGCGAAGCAGCUGAAGAACGUGUUGUCCGGCUGUCCUGCAGCAUGCGGACACUCGCCGUGCUCCCUCAUGCCGUCUGCCGCGUAG